GCGCUUUGCUUGCUGUGUGCGGCUGCACGCGCUCCAACACCUGCGGGAGGAUGCGUGAACCGCACGAGCAGAGCCGUUUGCUCCACAGCAGGCUGGAGACAUACCGCCGAUGCGCCGAGCUUCCAGCAGCGCCUCUGCCCGCCGAGCUUAACGUUUUUCCGCAGGAAACGUCAAACGGAGAGCCGCUGUGGCGCCGAUGGAGAAGGAAGGCUCCCUGCACGUCUACGGUUCACUGGAGCACACCGAAUGGAGCAGGCGCGCCAACAGAGCAGAGGAGGACGUGGUGUCCAUGGCAGACUCCACCAUCACUGUGGAUGACAUCGAGGGGGAGCUCUUCAAGAUUGAGAGAAUCCGGGACAUCCUGGUCAGGAGGGAGUCGGAGCUCAGAUACAUGAUGGAUGACAUCCAGCUGUGCAAAGAAAUCACUCGACUGAAGAAGGAGCUUCACAAACUGGUGUCUAUACCAGACAAUGACAAAUCCAAUGAAGACCGUCAGAGGGAAGACGAACUUCUGCAGCAGAUCCACAAGCUGGUGGAAACAAGAGAUUUCCUGGUGGACGAUGUUGAGUUUGAGCGACUCAGGGAGAAAGAAGAAGAUAAAGAAAUGGCAGAUUUUUUAAAGUCUAAAUUCCCAGGAAACAUGAAGAAAACAGCUGGUCCAUCCAGAAGAGCUCCAGCCAGGACUCAGCAAAACCCUUACACCAAGACGGGCCUCACCCUCCUGAAGGAGUGCUGUGGCUUCACCUGCUCCAUCAUGUAACAAAGUUAAGAGUGUGUCUGCAGGGCUCUCCAGCACUCACACAGCAUCUCACAGGGGAUUAGGUGAUUCCAUCCAUGAAGGACUCUUCAGAGAAACAGACAGAUCUGUCACACACCAGAUAAAAUGUCUUGGGGAAACUAAAAAGAAAAACAUUGCAGUAUUUCAUUUUCAUGUAUUGAUUUAUUUUCUUUACAUGUCUGUUUAUAAAUAUUAUAAAUAGUAUUUCCUCACCAGAUUUGAAAGAUUUAAAAAGUGGAGCAAAAGUCACAAACUCAGUAACUUCAAUAAAUCGCCAUCAUUAUCUCAUAACAUUUCUAACCAGUUUCUCUGUCAGCUUCUCAUUAGAAAGUCGCUGUUUGGCAGCAGUAAAGUGGCUCGGUCUAAACAUGGCUGGAACUUUAUAAUGAACUGGAGGGAGAUAACACUAAUCAGACUAAUUAGUGAGGAGAGCUGUUUGCACAAAGUUAUGCACAGUUUGUCUUCAGAUCUGAAUGGAUGUGACCUUUGGAAAAGUGGCUGUGUGUGAAGAACGAUGCAGGACUUCAUUAUCCAAAACUCUCCUUCACUGUCAACUCUUGAUGUUUUGAAGAAAUUCGGGGUUUUUCAGGGUUUGGUUAAUCCGACAUUUUUUGUUUUCUCAAGUAAAAUUUGUUUAAAAAGUUUCUAAAUCAGAUCUUUGCACAAAAGAAAUGGAUGAAAACACAAAGGUGACUCUCCAAAUCAAGAGACCACCCAGAAAAAUCUCCCCUUCAUCGUUUCACACUUCUACACGUGUUGGUUUAUUUACUGUCCAUAUUCAUUGCCUUAAUACGUACUUGAAGCAGGUGUUGGUUAAGCUUAUAUCAGACGGCGGUGCAGAAACAGAACAAGCUGGAGGAUGCGUUGAUGUAAUGGCGUCCUAAACUACGCUGCUGGUCUUUGCGUUGCAGAGACGAAUAGUUGCCAUACCAACCUUGUGUAACUUGGAUGGGUUUGAUUAUCAAACCAGAGGAAGAUGGGUUGGAAAAUAAUAUGCUGCUGUCAUUUUUGUCAUGUUUCCAUUCUGAAUUCACUUUAGAUUCUUUUUAAGAGCUGCAAUUGAGCAAAUUUAAACAUAGAAGUGUUUUUUUAAUGUUCAGCACAACAUGGUAAAUGUUUCUGUUCCUGAUUGUUGAUGCUUCAUACUUUCUUCUGGUUGUCCUUGACAUAAAUGCAGUCUUUUCAGUUCUGUCCUCGCUCUUUUUAUACUAGUUUGUGGUUUACUCAGCAACCACUCUUGAUGUGCUAAUGUAUCCUUGAGCAUGAAAUAAACUGAAGUGCCGUCUGUGACUGCAAAAAUCGAAGCUGCAUGUAAUAUGUUGCAUCUGAAGCUGCAUUUGAUUGUUUUUUGUUAGUUUUUUUUCAUUUUACAACAUUUUCGCAGAUCAAGUUUCCAGAAAAUAUUAGGUUUUCAACCACUUCCAUAUUCACAAAAUAAAAAUGGAGGGGUGAGACUCCAAUAUGCAGCUCCAACUAAAAAAAAACAACACAAAAUAUAAAUUAAAUGAAAGCAUACUGACCCUCAGGCACGGUGGUGUGAGGUAAUGAUUUGGGCUUGUUCUGUAGGAACACCUUUCCAGAGAGAUUAAAAAAAAGGCAAUAUUUUCGGAUAGCUGAGCCUCCCACAAUCAUGACUGUGGUGUUUUUAACAUGUUCUUAUGGCAUUUUUCUCAUGAUGGAGGACAUAUACAAAGAAAGUUAAGCUUAAAAAUGCAUUUCGGAGUUAUUAUUCAUUCAACUUAUUGUGAAUCAGGAGCAGAUGAAAAUAGGCAAUUGGAAAAAGCUUGUAGCUGUGACAAGCUAUUACGGCAAGCCACAAGCUCCCUGCUCUACUUCCUUCUGAUGAAUCCACUUAUAGACAACUAGAUCCGUGUACGUCUUUGUUUUCCUUAUGUGAUCUGGCAGAUGCUUGUGAGUAAACAGAUGGAUGAUGGGAAGGGGGUUGGCUUACUCUGCGCCAACAGUCCCACUCACAACUCAGAGGCGAAUUUCAAAUGAACCCUAAUGCUGCUCCACUAAAACUGUUUUCUUGAAAAUGAAAAAUGCCUCAAAAUGGCAUAUACAUAAUUAAAAGACCACUGGAAAUGUUUUUACAGCAGAUCAAAAGAUCCUCUGAGUUUAACUUUACCUAACUGGACACUUUUAUUUUGCUUUCAAACUGCCAUCUGAUUGUUUCCAUAGAAAAUGUAUUUUUUAAUGUUGUUUCUCUGAAUGAAUAGAGAAUAAAAAAGCUGCUCUUCA